AUGUCUAGUGCUGAAGUCGCCGAUAAUUCCGUUGACCCCCCGGCGAAAAAGCGGAAGCUAAAUACAGCAGAAUCCCGUUCCAAUUCCUCAGCAAUGGCGAACAAUGGAACGCGUGUGGAAGAUGAAAUCGACGAGAGUUUGUAUUCUAGGCAACUUUACGUGCUGGGCCACGAUGCUAUGCGCCGAAUGGCAAGCUCCGACGUCCUGAUAUCGGGUCUCGGUGGAGUGGGUGUGGAAAUCGCGAAAAAUGUGAUUCUCGGCGGUGUAAAAUCGGUUACUUUGCACGAUGAAAAAAACUGUACAGUAGCAGAUUUAUCUUCUCAGUUUUACUUAACGGAGAGUACUAUUGGUCAAAAUCGUGCUUCGGCAUCGUGUGAGCAGUUAUCUGAAUUGAAUCGCUAUGUCCCGACUACGGCGUACAUAGGUCCCCUGACUGAAGAGUUUUUAUGCAAAUUCCGUGUUGUUGUCCUGAGUGGAGCUUCGUGGGCUGAGCAAGAGCGUAUUGCGGCGAUCACUCACGCUAAUAAUGUCGCUCUCAUUAUCGCAGACACUAGAGGUCUGUUCUCCCGAGUAUUCUGUGACUUUGGACCAGAGUUCACCGUUGUGGAUGUGACAGGAGAGAACCCGGUAUCUGCUAUGGUGGCAGACAUCACACAUGAUUAUGAAGCAGUGGUCACCUGUCUCGACGACACUCGUCAUGGCCUUGAAGAUGGUGACUAUGUCACAUUUAGUGAGGUGCAAGGUAUGACAGAAUUGAAUGGCUGUGAGCCACGAAAAAUCAAAGUGCUUGGACCAUACACCUUCAGUAUUGGGGACACAACAAAUUUCUCUAAAUACUCUCGUGGUGGCAUAGUAACACAGGUCAAGAUGCCGAAGAAGCUCCACUUUAAACCUCUGAAAGAGUCUUUCAAAGAGCCCGAGUUUGUUAUCACCGACUUUGGCAAAUUUGACUACCCUCAACAGCUGCAUGCUGCUUUUGCUGCUCUUUAUAAGUUUGAGGAGGGAGAGGGUCGUCUCCCUAAACCUUGGAGUGACACUGAUGCUGCAAAGUUUAUGGAUUAUGCUAAGGCUGUAUUGAAGGACCAAAAGGAUGGAGAAUUAGAGUUGAAUUCAGAACUGCUACAGACAUUCUCCAAGGUAUCUGCAGGAGAUCUGAAUCCAAUGAAUGCUGCCAUUGGUGGUGUAGUAGCCCAGGAAGUGAUGAAGGCUUGUUCCGGCAAGUUCCACCCCAUUGUACAGUGGCUAUACUUGGAUGCUAUUGAGUGCCUACCGAAGGACCGCUCUGUUCUCACUGAGGAGAACUGCAAGCCUAUUGGUUCGAGAUAUGAUGGGCAGGUGGCUGUUUUUGGUAGGGAUUUCCAGAAAAAGCUGGGUGAACUGAAAUAUUUCAUUGUUGGCGCUGGUGCUAUUGGCUGCGAGCUGCUAAAGAACUUCGCUAUGAUUGGCGUGGGCGCUAGCGGGGGCCGCGUCACCGUCACCGACAUGGAUCUCAUCGAGAAGUCCAAUCUCAACCGGCAGUUCCUGUUCCGCCCCUAUGACGUGCAGAAACCCAAGUCUAGUACUGCUGCUAAGGUGAUCAAACGCAUGAACCCUGAAAUGAACGUAGUCGCCCAAGAGAACCGAGUGUGCCCUGAAACCGAGUCCGUAUACGAUGACCAAUUCUUCGAACAACUGGACGGAGUAGCCAAUGCCCUGGACAAUGUGGACGCUCGUAUAUACAUGGACAGAAGAUGCGUUUACUACAGGAAGCCUUUACUGGAGAGCGGUACUUUGGGCACCAAGGGAAACACACAGGUGGUAGUGCCCUUCCUCACGGAAUCCUACAGUUCCUCUCAAGAUCCCCCGGAGAAGAGCAUCCCGAUCUGCACCCUGAAGAACUUCCCCAAUGCCAUCGAGCACACGCUGCAGUGGGCCCGGGACGAGUUCGAGGGCCUGUUCCGGCAGGCUGCGGAACAUGCCUCUCAGUACCUCAGGGACCCGGCCUUCCUGGAUCGGGCCCUGAGGCUGCCCGGCUCGCAGCCCCUGGAAGCCUUGGAGAGUGUGCGGCACGCUAUCAACGAACGCCCCCUAAACUUCUCAGACUGUGUACGAUGGGCCCGUCUCCACUGGGAGGCUCAAUACUGCAACCAGAUAAAACAGCUGCUAUACAACUUCCCUCCGGAUCAGCACACCACAAGUGGAGCCCCAUUCUGGUCCGGGCCCAAACGGUGUCCUACACCGCUUAAAUUCGACCCGAACGAUCAACUUCAUCUGGAUUAUGUAGUGGCAGCUGCUAAUUUGAGAGCUACGGUGUAUGGAGUGCCUAAUUGUGUGGACAGGGAGGCGAUCGCGAACAUGGCUGCCGAAGUAGAGGUGCCAGAGUUCAGUCCCAAGUCUGGCAUCAAGAUCGCCGUGAACGAUGCCCAGUUACAGCAGGGCGCCGAAGAAAUGGACCAGGACCGCGUGCAAGCAUUGCUAGGCGAACUGCCGCCCCCGGCCAAACUUCAGGGCCUCUCUGUCACUCCCCUCGAGUUCGAGAAGGACGACGACACCAACUUCCACAUGGACUUCAUAGUGGCAGCUUCCAACUUACGCGCCACAAACUACAGCAUCGCACCCGCAGACCGUCACAGAUCCAAACUGAUCGCGGGAAAAAUUAUCCCAGCCAUUGCGACCACCACAUCUGUAGUCGCUGGCCUUGUAUGCCUCGAACUUUACAAGCUAGCCCAAGGCUUCAACACUCUAGAUGUGUUCAAGAACGGAUUCGUAAACCUCGCUUUGCCUUUCUUCGGCUUCUCUGAGCCAAUCGCAGCCCCGAUCAACACCUACUACGACAAGAAAUGGACUCUUUGGGACCGCUUCGAAGUGGAAGGGGAGAUAACACUCGAGCAGUUCCUGGAUUACUUCAAAAAUGAGCAUAAGCUGGAGAUCACGAUGUUGUCGCAGGGUGUGUGCAUGCUGUACUCGUUCUUCAUGCCGAAGCCGAAGAGGCAGGAACGAUUGGGUUUGCCGAUGUCAGAGGUGGUGAUGAGAGUGUCGAAGAAAAAGCUCGAGCCACAUGUCCGUGCACUUGUUUUUGAGUUAUGCUGCAAUGAUGAUGAUGGGAACGACGUGGAAGUGCCCUACGUGAAGUACACGCUGCCUUAG